AUGAUGAUGCGCCCCUUCGCGAUGAACGGCGGAUCCAGGCUCUCGCCUCGGUCGACGCCUGGGCCCAGUUCGGCUCAGCGGGGCUACUCGAUUGCCCCGGGAGGCGAAAACGACAAUGAGCAUGAAGGUGAAGAUCGGCAGUUGGAGCCGGGCCUGCACGUUGUGGCUACGCCGAUCGGCAACUUGGGGGAUGUGACGCUGCGGGCGCUGGAGACCCUGCGCCGGGCGUCGUGCGUACUGGCGGAGGACACGCGGCACACGGCCAAGCUGAUGAGCGUGCACGGGCUGCGGGCGGAGAUGCGCAGCUGCCAUGGGCGCAACGAGGCGGGGAGGGCGGCGGAAGUGGCUGCCAGGGUGGCCAGGGGAGAGGUCAGGCAGUGGCCCUCGUCUGUUCUGCUGGCACACCAGGAGUAA